CAAUGCCUCAAAUUGUAUACUUACCCUAUAGCUUUCUACAUUGGUACAGCGUCAUAUAAUUCUCUAGUAGAACGUUUGAAAUAUGGAUUUGAAGCUAGGGCAAUAAUUUUUCUAUACCUAUUUGAUGCUCUAGAAGGACGAUUGCCUUACGGUAACCAUUCAUUCUUGAACGCCAAUUUAGCUUCAAUUCUUUACUGGUAAGCUCGUUAUCUUUGGAGUUUUAAGCACUUGGAAGUUUGUGGGCGAACUUUUUUAUUUUUUUUCCAAUUUUUGAGUUCAUCACUAUAUUAUCUUGGACCUUACGAUCAUCCAUUCAUGAAUCAUGAUGAGAUUUUAAUCAAAGAUUCUGUAGCUACUGACCCUGAUUGAACCUCAGUACUUCCAGGAAGGUGAGCUUACAGCUUGGGUGCUGAACCCUUUGGCCGAAGCUUUGAUUCCCUUUCUGAUGCCUCACUUAUUCUGGUAAAACUAUAAUUGAUCCCUUAAUAUAUGGAUGAGAUCAUUUUGACUGCCCAUGGUGCAAGGAGAUGUCGGAAUCUUGAACAGCAGCAUAAUGAUCGGCGGAAGAAGGAACAAAAUGUUUCCAGUGGCAAAACCGAUCUUCUCUCGGUUACUACUACUAGCUUUGAUGGUUUGUUGUUGGGGGUGGUGGGGGGGGGGGAUAUGGAAUGAACUUUAAAUUUGACAGGCAAGUUUGCUAGAACCUUGUGGAACACGGCAAAUGAACAAUUCUUUUCUAGGGGACCUUGGCUCCUCUUGUUCAUUUAAUAAGGUAGAAGGUGCCCAGUUUCAGAAGGGCAUGACUUGGGCUUUGCGGAGACUGAAGUGGAAGUUGGAACCUUCGGAUUCAAACUCCAAGCAGAGAUCUCUUCCUUUUGGGAGUGAGAUUGAAGCACAUAUGUACACGGCCAUUGGAGGUCUCGACUAGAGCUUUGACAGUCUAGGGUUGGCUUAGAUGUAAAUUGUAAAUGAGUUAAAUUUUACUGGGAUGAGCACUUCUUUACGUUUAUAUAUUCAAAUUCUUCUCUUUGGUGAUUUUUUCAUUUCAAUUUCAAUUUCAAGUUCAAAGUGGAUGGAAACAUUCUGCGUAUUCAAAGCUCUAGGGAUUGGCAAUAAGCUAAUGAGUGGAUGAAUCAUGAAUGUGAAUAUACAGAUUAAUUGGAGAAGUUAACGUAGUGGAUUGGAAACUCGAAAAGGCUUGGUCUGAUUGUUCGACUUGGGUCGAGUUACAAAAAAAAAAUGGGGACAAAAAUCUUGAGUAGAAUAAUAGGCAAAACAUUCAACGUUUGAAGUAUUAAUAUAAUGGUUAACUAAAAAAAGUAUGGGUAUUGUACGUGGUGGAAUGUUAUUGGUUUAGAUAAGCGAGAAAGAGGGCGUGUAUUUGGUUAUGAACAAUUCAAAGUGUGGGUGGGGUCUAUUGUCCGUUUCAUCUGCCAAUUACAUCUACCUAUUCUUAACAGUUAAGACAUUAAAAAAUUCUGCUAUCGACAAAAGACCAACUGAUCCUCCGAGGUAAGGUAAGUUUGGAGCUUCAAACCAAAAAGGACAUUUACCCAGAGAAAUAAUAAUGGAUGAAGUGAAAGGCAAAUGGAGUGGAUUCAUGAAGAAAGUCAACAACCAAUUUUCAUCAUCUGGGAAUUUCAAGGGCCAAGGUCGAGUCUUGGGUUCCUCUUCUUCUGGACCCGUUAACCCCAUCCUUACCCGUCCCUCCCCACCUCACACCCCUUCUCCCAAGCCUAUUCCUCCCUCAUCUUCUUCCUCCUCUUCCACUUCCAAGCCUUCUUUGCCCUCUAAAUCUUCAAAUUCCGAUCAAAACACGCCCAGCAAUCCUGAACCACCUCAGAAGCCGGAAAACGGGUUCGACCCUUACGGUUCAUUGAUCACUUCUAGCAAGGUAUCCAAAAAUGGAUUCACCUUGAAUAUGUUUGAGUGUCCGAUUUGUGGCGCUCCUUAUGUGUCUGAGGAGGAGGUAUCUAAACAUGUAGAAACUUGUAUUGAGAUCAAUUCAUCCGAUAGAGAAGGCGGUGACACAGAUACGGGAUUGAACGAGAACGAGUUACAAGAGUCGUCAGGGAUUGAAUUGGAGGUUUGCAUUGGUUCAUAUAUUUCCGGGAACCCGCCAGACGGAUCAGUUCAGGUUUUUCUUAGGUUGUUGAGGAACAUAGUUAAGGAACCUGGGAAUGACAAGUUCAGGAAGGUUCGGAUGAGUAAUCCAAAGAUAAGGGAAGCAAUUGGCGAGGUCUCUGGAGGAGUUGAGCUGUUGGAGCUUGUUGGAUUUGUGUUGAAGGAAGAAGGAGGGGAAAUGUGGGCAGUCGUGGAUGUUCUUAAGAAGGAGAUGAUUACUUUGAUGAACAAGGCAAUAAUGUUGUUGGAACAGGGAAAGAUAGAAGAAGGUAACAAGAGUGAGAAAGAGGAAAUGGUUGAGCCAAAGAAGAUUGACAGACAGAUCCGGGUCUUCUUCUCCGUACCUGAGAGUGUAGCAGCAAAAAUCGAGCUACCGGAUUCUUUCUACAGCCUAUCGGCUGAAGAGGUGAAAAGAGAAGCAGAGUUGAGAAAGAAAAAGAAUGCAGAAUCACAGCUCUUAAUCCCUAAAUCUUUCAAGGAAAAGCAGGCAAAAGCAGGCCGAAGGAGGUAUAGAAGAACAAUGAUUCGCAUCCAGUUUCCUGACGGAGUGGUUCUUCAAGCCGCUUUUGCACCUUGGGAGCCAACUAGUUCUCUCUACAAGUUUGUCAGCUUAUCACUGAAAGAACCGUCCUUGGAGUUUGAGCUGUUGGAUCCUGUACUGGUUAAACGGAGGGUGAUCCCUUCUUUUCCGGCAGCUGGACAGAAAGCCCAAACGCUAGACGAAGAGGAUUUGGUGCCUUCAGCCCUUAUAAAGUUCAAACCUAUUGAAACUGAUUCAGUAGUGUUUACAGGGCUAUCGAAUGAACUGUUGGAACUGAGUGAACCGCUUGUAACCAAUUGAAACAUCUGUGGCUUCAACCUUUCUCUAUUGAUUGGGGGAAAAACUGCAAAUUCUUUUAUUGUUUUUCAAAUCUGUGAAUUCCUGAUGCUGUAAUUUUGUUUCAGCAAAGGCUGAUUCUUUGGCUCCAUUUGAUUUGUGAUCAGUUACAGAACUUGUCAAACAACAGUAAUGUCCCCUUGGGUUGGCCUCAGUCCACUUGUUUUUGGGUUUAUAAUUUUCAUUCCAUUUCAUAGUAGUGUCUUAAGCUUUCUAGAUAAUGAUCAAAUCCGAGUUCACUUCCUCUGGUAAUUGAUCCAUUGGUUGAUGGAAACUUGCAAGAUUGGAGCUUCCAACUUUGAACAGGCUAGGUAACGUCCAAACCCAAACAGCCAUUAGCCAAAAUUUUUGUACUUUUGUUGUAGCUGAUAGAGCAGUUCUCAAGUAGCGUGUUUGGGCCGAAAAAGUUUGAACAUUUGAAUAUAUAGUAGUUUUGACUCUAAUGGUCUAUUUUUACUA